UUGUCGACGCCAUGACCAGCUCCUCCGCUCCUUCGCGCAAGGCUUUAAGCAAGAUCGCUUGCAACAGACUCCAGAAAGAGCUUGUGGAGUGGCAAGUUAAUCCGCCAGUCGGAUUCAAGCACAAAGUCACUGAUAAUCUCCAAAAAUGGAUAAUUGAAGUGAAUGGAGCUCCGGGAACACUGUAUGCCAAUGAAACGUUUCAGCUUCAGGUCGAUUUUCCGGAGCAUUACCCAAUGGAGGCACCGCAGGUGAUCUUUCUCCAUCCAGCUCCUCUGCAUCCUCACAUCUAUAGCAAUGGACAUAUUUGUUUAGAUAUCCUAUAUGAUUCCUGGUCGCCAGCCAUGACCGUUAGCUCUAUCUGUAUCAGCAUUCUUUCCAUGUUAUCGAGCUCAACAAUGAAGCAACGACCAGCUGAUAAUGAUCGUUAUGUGAAGAACUGUAAAAAUGGCAGAUCUCCCAAGGAGACAAGAUGGUGGUUCCAUGAUGAUAAAGUGUAAUAAUAGUACCAAGAAUCCAAACCCGUGUAUAAGCCAAGUUUUUUGGCUAAUAUAUGUCGAGCUUAAUGGGAAGGGAGGCUGGUUCUCUUUGGUCGUCUUGUAACAUAUACAUUUACCUUGUUGUGUAUGAAGAUCUUUAUUUGAUUCUGGUGGCCUCCCCUAGCAGUUUCCUUACUUCAAAUAUAUGUCAUUAAUCACC